GCUUCUUGCAGUUACUUUCCAGUCGGGUUUCGGAGUAGACGCUGUGGCUCCACCCGUGUGGCUGUCUGCGGGCGUUUGGGGACUGAUUUGCAGGAUUCGUCUGCAGCACUUGUUUCGGGGACCUCUAGCAUGAGAACUUUCAUUCCAGCUCAUUUGAUUUCUUUCAUUCUCAUGUUUGAUUAUUUUAUUUAUUUUGAUAAUUUAAUCUCGCUUUUUCGCCUUUCUCAUUUUUCUGCUACAGCCACCCACAGUUUGUUGCUCUAUACCACCAGCACCAACGGCUGAAAGGAGAAUAUCGCUUCAUUUCACCACUAAGCAUCACUACCAUUUUCUCUCCUGCUGCUCUUGCUUGCUGGAUUUCUGCUUGCGCUUCUGGACUAAAAUGCAGAGGGAUUUACAUUUGUACUGAUCCAUUCUUCAUUUGGUCUUCAGCGGACAACACCACUUCUUCUCUGUAAGGGAUGUAUUACAAGGGAUUGAAGUGUGUGCUCUAAUCAGAGGAGAUCUGUCUGCUGAACUACUGCCGCGCGCCUUGGGCUUUUGAUCUUUCAUCUGGAGAUGCUCUGAUCGGGUUUUGUCCCUGCGCAUCACCACUGGAUCAGGAUAUAAGGCGAACACAUUGUGGUCAGCCAUUUGCGGAGCUCUGAUCCUUGGGUUGGUUUUUCCUUUUGUGGACAUACACAUUUGGUUGUUUUGACGCGGAUUGGUUCGAACGUCGUCAGGCUCGCGGGGUAACAAUGGGGGACUCGAUGCGGAGAUAUUAUUUUGGAGUUUUGCUUAUUGCCUUCAAAGUGGACGUGUGCCGGGCCUUAAUCCUGGAGUCCAUCUACUGGAACACAACAAAUACCAAAUUUGUGCCAAGCCAAGGUGUGGUAUUAUACCCCCAGAUCGGGGAUAAGUUAGACAUUGUGUGUCCUCGCGUGGAUGGCGGAGUGAGUGAGGGCGUGGAGUAUUACAAGGUGUACAUGGUGUCCAGGGAGCAGCUAGAGAGCUGCACCAUUACCAAGGCCGACACACCACUCCUUAACUGUGUCAAGCCUGACCAGGAUGUCAAAUUCACCCUCAAGUUUCAGGAGUUUAGUCCCAACCUGUGGGGUCUAGAGUUCUUCAGAGGCAAAGACUACUACAUCAUUUCUACAUCAAAUGGCACCAUGGAAGGCAUUGACAACCAGGAGGGGGGUGUGUGCAAGACCAAGUCUAUGAAGAUAAUCAUGAAAGUGGGACAAAGUGAGUAUUAUCCCUCUGACCCUGUUUCAUCCAAAGACCCCACCAGAAUGCCCUACUCUCCCAAGUACCCAGGGGGUACAGGGGGGAGGGAAAAAGAGACCUACAACCCUAAUGAAGUGCUGGGGAAACCAGAUGUAGCACCCAGAGAAAGCAAUGAGAAUGGCAACAGUGGCAAGUCCUCCAUCAUCAGUUCCAAUGUGGCCAUCUUCGUCAGCAUUGCCUCUGGCAGUGUCAUUUUUAUAAUCAUCAUCAUCAUGCUGGUCCUGCUGCUGCUCAAGUACCGGCGGCGGCAUCGUAAACACUCACCACAGCAUGCGGCCACAUUGUCUUUGAGCACCUUGGCCACGCCCAAACGGAGUGGCGGUGGUGGGAACAAUAAUGGCUCAGAGCCCAGUGACAUCAUCAUCCCGCUCAGGACUGCUGACAGCGUCUUCUGCCCACACUACGAGAAGGUCAGUGGCGAUUAUGGCCACCCAGUCUACAUAGUCCAGGAGAUGCCACCUCAGAGUCCGGCCAACAUUUAUUACAAAGUCUGAAUUGCAGCUUCUAGAAGCGACAAGCUGGAACAGUUUCUGGCAGUGCUGGAUUUUGGAUUUGGCUAGAACUGGCUUCAUGCCCACAAAAUCUCACUUUUACUCUUUGUGUCUGUCCCACUCUGUCGACUUGUCCUCCAAUUCCCAUGAUGUUUUGUAUGUUUUUUUUUUCUUAAACCUUACACCUUGUUGUCUGACUGGUCAUGGUUGUUGUUAGCAGUAUUGGCUCAAGGGGCCAAAGAGAGAGCUGCUGUCACUACUGCUCCUGCUUUCAGGGGCUUUUGGGGGAAAUCAAGAGGACAAUCUGUUAUUUCCCCAGCAAUGUUUAGAGUUUUGUUUGUGCACUUCAGCUAGUUGUUGAAUGGACCAUUGGUGGAAUCAGAAACUUAACACAAAUGCAAGACAUUGUUUUCUGCAAAUGGAUGUAUUGACACGACGGCUUCCUGAGACAAGAAGAGGAAAAAAGAGUUUUAUGACCUCACCUUAGGACCAACUACUAUUAAAAACAGCAGCAAAAGAGUGAGAAGGACAAAAAGAUGGGCUCACUGCAAACUCAAAAUGGCCAAACCCACCUCAAUGCUCACUAGUCAGAAAGUGUAACCAGCCUAGACAAGAGAGUUUCUCUCACUGAUUUGCUGAUGUGGGGCUUUCCUGAGGGACUCACAGUGAUCACCCGAUCACCCUGCCACCCCCAUGCUUACCAUCACAGAAACAUGACACGCACCUGCUAACACAGACACACUGUCUCACCAGUCAAUGUGAACUGUUUGGGUUUAAGUGUGGAUUGCACUGUUUUCUCUGUAUCCCUUCAGCAAAUUAAGCAAAUUGCUUUUUCACAAGUUACUUGUUCAACAGAUUCCAUUUUUUAUUUAGUGUUAACAUUUACUACUUGUUCUUUUGGUGUUUCUGAUUUUCUAACCAUGGUGUAGUUCAAGCAAAGUAAAACUUUCCCUGAGUGUCAUGUUUUAUGUGACAAUUAAUCCAAGUACCCAGUAGUAAACAGUGGCAAGAGCAUUACAAAGGGUUAAUCUAAGUUUUGCUCUUUGUCCCCUGAGGGGACACAGAGAUGACAUGAAGUGACCAUGUGGCGCCUAUAAUGGUGAAGGACCGCAUAGUGCAGCACUUGUACUCCCUGUUAUUUGGUACCAUCACUCUUCACAGCAGUCCACAAAGAACAGUGAUAUCUGGAGAUGGGAGAUAAGCUGUAUCCUGUCAGUUUUAGUAGCAAGUGCUCACCUCAGCUUCACUGGAACCUUUUCACAAAGGAAAGUGUUAGGGGCAAUAAGAAAUCUAGUUUGCCUUAGUUUUUCAUAUGAAGAAGUUGUGUUUAGUUGAGGUUAGGUAGCUGGCUGAAGCAGCUCCAGGUACUGUAACAUUUACCCCAAUGGGGCAAAGGGGUUCAAAAAUCAGCGUGACAGGUGCUCUCCUAUUCAUAUUAAAAAAAGAAAGAAAGAAGCACAGGGAAAUCUGCAUAUAGUGUCACUACUUCAUUUCCAUUUUUAUAUUGUGAGGUUUUGAUUUCCAUCUUAUGUUUCAACAAUGUAAAAUAAAAAAAUAACACUACAAAGAUGAAAACAUAAAAAAAUAAAUAAAAAGCAGAUAUUAUUUAUGAUAGACACACAGAGCACAGUUCUUGUCAGGCAGUACAUAGAAUAAAAGAGAAAGAAAAAAAUAAUGUUAAUAUAUUACGGUGAGGGCACCUUAUGCAAUGUUUUCGAUUAUUUUAAAUCUCAAUACCUGCCGAGUUCUGUUUUUUAAUAGGUUCUCACCGACUGUCACAGGACUCAGGCCCCUAAGAAUAGAAUUACAUAAACCAAAAAAAGCUUACAUUACUGUACACAAGGGAGUAGGUUUUUCGCCUACAUUUAGUCAAUGUAGCAUCACCCAAAGGAUAACUCCCACGAGCACCCUGCAAACCCCUUAAUUCAGCUUGUCAAGUGCUCAUCUGCAUGUGUGCGUGUGCAAAGUUAAACAACUCUAUAUUUACAUUACUUUACAUACAUUUAUACAUAUAUACACAUACAUUUGGUUAGUGACUAAGACUUUCCCCUUGCAUAUAUAUCAGCCUGUGAUCAUCAUUGUCGUCUGUUCACGAAGAACAUGAAGUUUUAUAGAAAAGCCAAGCCUUGUAUGAUGUGAGGUUUGUGCCUCUAAGAGGCCACAAAAUCUGCAAAUAUGCAAUUUUCAUUUAUUUUUUUAAUCAAUUCUGAAAAGGAAAAAAAACACCUUUGGAAAGUGUUCUUAACCAUUGAAAGAUGUAACAACUAACAAAAGACAAACAAAUGGCAAAAGUACGUCACACAAGACUGCUGUUAGUUCUUCUGAUUUCCUGCAUUUUUGUAGUAUUAUUUUUCAGUUUGAAAUAUGUGCCGUACUACAAAGGUAAACUGUGAAAAAUAAAACCAUUAAAAAAUCAUAUAUAUACACCGUGUCAAACCUGAACAGGUGUUUGACAAAAGGCGAAUAAAGACUCACUUACACAAAAAAGAAAUGGCUGUUUUUAGUUGCUGUCUGUCUGUGGCGAAAUAUGACAAUCUUUGAUUAGUUUCUUUCAAUCUUAUGCCCUUUUCUUAGCUGCCACUUGACUAACACUCUCCCAACAUUGAUCAGGAUCGGUCCGGCCUUUGGUGAAAAUGUGGUUUGCGAUGCUGUGAGAGUCUUAGCACACGAGCUAGGAGAAGCACCUCAGGCUACUGUAAAAUGCCUUGCUCAUAUGGUCAGUCCUUGGUCACUUGACUCAGUAAUUUUGCACCGUACUUCUGUAGGUAAGAAACUGUAAAUACAUUAAUGUUUGUAUUGUAUAUGGAUCCUGGGUUUUACAAUAGCCUUAUUCAACUUUUUAGGAAAGUAAAUGCGAAAAAACAUAAAGAAAAAGGAAUACACAGGAAAACAAAGCAUACUGCUUUUUGGUAAAUAGCAUAUGUAAAUAUUGAUCAGAACCCAAUAAAACAUUUUUAUAAACUCUAAGAUGUUUUGUAUAAAAUUUGAAUUUUUUGCUAUGUAUUUUAGCUAGCGCUCAAUGGGAAGCCCACCUCCAUGUACCUACUCUCCAUUUCUCCGUUUGUGUUUCCAUAGUAAUUUGGUUACAAAAAUGAGAGAAGUUGCCAAACUGACUGCUGCAUAUUUGUGCCAUAAGUUUGUACCAUAAAUAUUUAUUAAAUUAGUUUCUUCUUGUUUCUUUCUGAAAUAAUUUGAGUCCAGUUUGUAAGUAACACAGCAUUAUAUUUGCUUUGUUUAUACAUCUGCCCCUGUUAGGGUGACUGUAGCUCUCCUCUAUCCAUGCAGUAUGAAAUGGUCAGGCUGUAAGAAAUGGUUUCAAAACAGGAAUUUUAAACAGUUUUAAAGUGAGGAAAAGUUACCCACAUUCUACCACCAGUCUGUUACAAACUGAAAAUGUUUUUCAAUAAAAUGUUUUUCCUAUGGAA